AUGCCGGAGUUCAACACCGUCGACUUCAUCAACCACCUCUUCCCCAACGGUGCUCCUGCCCGUGAGUCGUCGUUAGCGGCGGUGGAUCCGCUCAUCCAGAAGCUGCGCAACCGCAUCCGACGCGUCGACGCCGAGAUCCUCCUCGCCAUCCGCCAGCAGAGCACGUCAGGGUCGCAAGCCAAGGACGACCUGGCAGCCUCCAUGCGCGCCAUUGAGGAGCUGUGGGUGAAGAUGAGGGCGAUAAAGGCGAAGGCGGAGCAGAGCGAGGAGAUGGUGCAGGAGAUAUGCCGCGACAUCAAGAAGCUCGACUGCGCCAAGAAGCACAUCACCGCCACCAUCACCGCCCUCAACCGCCUCGCCAUGCUCGUGUUUGCGGUAGAUCGCCUGCAGGCGCUGGCAGCCAACCGCCAGUACCGCGACGCUGCCGACCAGCUGCAGGCGGUGACGCAGUUGUUGGCGCACUUCGAGGCGUACCGGGACAUCCCCAAGAUCGCGGACCUGCAGGGGCGCGUGGCGGCGCUCAAGGCCACUCUCAAGUCGCACGUCUUCUCGGACUUCUCCACGCUGGGAACGCCAGUGAUGAGGGAGAACGGGCAGGUGAUGCAGCAGCUGGCGGACGCGUGUCUGGUGGUGGCGGCGCUGGACGCCGAUGGGCACGCCAGGGACGAGCUGGUGCGCUCCGUGUGCAGCAAGGAGCUCACCGCGUACCAGCAGAUCUUCCAGGGCACGGAUGUGGCGAGGAUGGACAAGGUGGAGAGGCGGUACGGGUGGGUGAAGCGGCAGCUGAAGCUCAACGAGGACGUGUGGCGCAUCUUCCCGCCCGCCUGGCACGUGCAGCGCCGCCUCUGCGCGCACUUCUGCCGCAUCACACGGGCGCAGUUGAAGGAGCAGCUGGACGGCGCCAAGGACCGACCCGAUGUCACCACGCUCUUGCAGUUUGAGUUCCAGGGCGCCAUCUCGUCGUGCUUUGAGCCGCACCUGGGGGUGUACGUGGACCUGGAGGAGCGCACACUGCUCGACACUCUCGACAAGCUCCUGCAGGAGGAGACAUGGGAGGCGGAGGAGGGCAGCCAAACCAACAUCCUGCGCAGCAGCUCAGAGGUGGGAGGUGGGAGGUGGGCGUCGGAGGUGGGAGGUGGGAGAUGGGAGGUGGGAGGGUAA